GAGGAUGUGGCGCAUGCGCAGUGCGUCUCUGUCAGUCGAGCGCAUCGUUGGCUGUGCGGAGUGAAGAAGAGCAGCUCCACCUCGGUGAUGACAGAUGUGAAGAAUGACUUCCUGCUCAGAGAUCUGUGGCUCGGAGUAUGCUGAGCAGAGCCAUGGUGCCCUCAGCAGCGGUUACCAGGGUUAUGGGGUGCGUUCCUACCUGCACCAGUUCUACGAGGAGUGCACCGCUUCCAUCUGGGAGCGCGAUGAAGAUUUUCAGACACAGAGAUCGCCGAGUCGCUGGAGCUCUGUGCUCUGGAAGGUCUGUCUCGCGCUGGGCGCUCUGAUUUUGGUAGCGGGGUUAUCUGUGCUGCUGGUGGGCUAUGCCACACCCCCUCGACUUGAAGCCUUUGGAGAAGAUGAGCUGCUGUUUGUGGAUGGCCGCGCAGUGCGCUUCAACAGGGCCCUGGAUGCCUGUAAGCUGGCCGGAGCCGUGCUGUUCUGUGUGGGUGGCAGCGGGAUGGCAGUGGGGCUGCUGCUGGCCGCCUGCUCUCAUGGCAGCUCCAAGGAAGAGCUUCAUCUGCAGCAGCGCUUCAAAGAGCGGCUCGCUGAGAUCCAGGCCUCCGUUCAGCCCGUCACCCGCGCUCCCACCCCCGGAGACGCUAAGGUUCCUGUCACACUCUCCAAAGUACAAAGUGUUCAGCCCGGAGCCGAGACCUGACCUCUCAUCAAUCAAACCACACAUUAAAUGUCAGAUGGUUUCGUGCAAAACAAAACAACAGUUCCUGGAACAGUAGAGAUAGAUAACACUGCACUCUCUCUGGCGCAUAUCAUUUAGUCUAUGUUGAGCAAGAACACUGAGAGUAUUUAUGGUGAUUAACGUAAGUGUUCCCUGUUGAUAUACUUGUGCGCUACAGCUAGGAAUCAGAACACCUUUAGGCUCCUGUUCCAAAGAGCAACAUAUUCUUCAGAGGUGUCAAGGCAUGUGCGUAUUAAUACUGAAUAAGCUAGAAUAGUUCCUCUAUUACAAUGACCCCAAACACAGCCCCUCACUGUAAUCGCAAUUUGAUAAAUGAGAAAAUUUACUUGGUAAAACUCAUAAAUGAGCAGAAUGGAGGCCUGGCAUCCGCAGCAAAUUCAUCACGGCUGGUUUACUAACGCUGUCAUUGCUCGUUCAGAAAGCAUCACGUUGGUUCAUUGCCGUCACCUAAGGUGCAAUUUGUCACUAAAUCUCUCCUAGCGAAUGCUUCGCUUUCUAUUGCUAUGGUCAAUCAAUAGUUAGUUGACAGAACACAAUGUGUUCCGAGCCACAGUUUCAUACAUCUCAAUAUCACGCAUCCGUUCUGCUCAAACACAUCAUAAAAUAUAUUUAGGUUAAGAUGCGCCUGUGGGAUUAUGUAAUGGCCUCUCUUUGUGUUGAACAUCCUUCUUGCUCCAUCAUUAGUGCCCUCCUUACGCUAUUGUUCUGCUGGAGAUAACAUCAUCUUUUCUUUCUGUCGGCUUUCCUGUUUCGUGUUUCUCUUUGGCUUCAUGGCAUGGCAUGUGCCACUCAUUGCUAAAAACAAUUAUUUUGCUUAGGUAUUUGCAUCUUAUUAUUGUUAUAUUUUCUAAUUUGAUUAUCGCAAAUGUUGCAUGAUGACAAUUCAGUGAAACUUUGUAAACUACUUUCAAGAAGGUUGAUAAAGGAUGAAAAACAGUCACCUUUUCUUUUUAGAGUGAUCUUUUGUGUUAUUUAUUGAUUAUGAAUUAUCAUUGAACAUACUGUAUAUGCAUUCAGAUGUUUGAAAAUGAAGAGGCUUUCUAAUAAACUUAGGAUAUUAAAUAAUCUAUUAAUAAGGCCUAAAUGAAGUCUAAAUAUAUAACAUUUAUAAUAUCGGCUGCUUCAAGAAUUGAUUCUUCUUGUUUAAACUGACAUAUGUAGAUGUGUUUCGAGAGGCGUGUUGAUCACAAACGCUGGUGAUCGUCUCAAACUGUCAAAUGCUCCGGUUUGGUUUGUCCAUCUGCUCUUGGGAAGGAGACAAAAUGUUUCGAAGCUUUUCUUGGAGAAAUGUCUAUUUUUCAGCAAACAGAAUAAAAAUGACUGUUUGUUGUUUCUUCCA